GCGCACGGGCAACAACAAAAAAAAGAUUUGUCCAUCCCCUUCCCCCAGCUCGUUCUGGAAGAGCCGUGACCGGCGGUGUAACCUAGAGUGCGAGCGACUUGAAUGCGCUACUGCUGCCGGGCGGUGCCGGGCGGAGUUCCUGGUCGGCGGUCGGUGCGUUUGCAAGGCAGGAUACCGAAUUAUGGAGGCGGAGGGAAUGGAGUUCCUGCUCGACGCGGUGGAUAGAUUUCCCGCAAGGGAAGAAUUUGCGGACAGCCUUGAGCACCCAGAUCUAGUGCCGCUCCUGUAUCUGCUGCAGAAUGGGGAAGCAACUGAAGAUCGCGUUGAGGCCAAUGGGGAAUCUGGGCUAGCUCGGGUGGAUGAUGAGGGCGUAGGUGCAGACCGACCACAUGGUGAACGUCGUCCCCGUGCUGAAUCUCUGACGAGGUCUGCCCAGUCAACUGAUAGGGUGAAUCCACAAGCCCCCGGGUGGACAAAAAGGCUACGCCUAGGAAGCGCGCCGCCCGACCGAGUCCCGUGCCCCUCAAGGAUGAGUGCUCUAGAGAUUUCUAUACGCAAAUAUGCAGAGCAGCCUGACAAGAGUGUCGUUAGGCCUGAACUGGGGCUCAGUUUCGAUUCGCUAGGCGAGGCAUAUGACUUCUACAACCUAUAUUCUUGGGAAGUCAGUUUCGGAAUAAGAUAUGGAAAGAGCAGACUCAACGCCGAGCGAACUAAAACCAUGUAGGAAAUUGUUUGUGGUUGCUCGGGGAAACCUGAAUCCAAAAAUAGUAGGUCCUGCAUAUGUGAGUGCCCUGCUCUGAUCAGGCUGCUGCGUGCAUCGGACAACAGCUGGUACAUAACAGAGCAUCGAGCGAGUCACAACCAUUCGAUGUCUUUGACAAUGGGAGAGAAGGUGCACUGGCCUUCUCAUAAGCACAUUGAUGUAUACACCAAGGAUCUGAUUAAGCAACUAAGGGAGAACAAUGUUAACCUUGGUAAGGUUUACAGCAUUAUUGGGAGCUUCUUUGGGUCAGUCGAGAAGGUACCUUUCACAAAAAGGACGUUGAGAAACAUUUGUGGGAAGAUUAGCCAUGAGCAAGCUGAGGACGAUGCCCGGAAAACACUUCAAGCCUUUGCUGACAUCUAGGCGAACGAUCCAGGAUUUACGUAUGUAGUGUUGGCAGAGAAAGAUAGCAAAAUCAGAAACCUCAUGUGGGCUAAUGGCAGCAGCCGGAUGCAAUACAAAUUCUUUGGUGAUGUAGUUACAUUCGACACGACUUACAGGACCAACCUGUACGAUAUGCCAUUUGGGCUAUUUGUCGGAGUUAACAACCAUUACCAGAGCAUCAUACUGGCAGGGGUUUUGAUGCGCGACGAACAAGAAGAGAGCUUCGAAUGGGUGUUCGAAGAAUUUGUACGGAUGAUGGGCGGGCCAGCGCCGAAGACAAUACUCACAGAUCAAUGCAGAGCCAUGGAGGUUGUAAUCAAGAAAACUUAUCCUGAUACAGUACAUCGUUGGUGCAAAUGGCAUGUCCUAAAAAAGGCGAAGGAAACACUAGGACCACUAUACACCAAGAAGAGUGACUUCCAGGCUGAAUUUCACAAAGUUGUGAACCACAUGCUAACUGAAGAAGAGUUUGAAUCAGCCUGGCAAGCUCUCCUCGACAAGUACAAUUUGAGGAAUCAUAACUAUAUGACCCAAAUUUAUGAAACCAGAAAGAAAUGGGCGAAACCAUAUUUCCGGGGUGUUUUCUGUGCAAAAAUGACAAGCACCCAAAGAAGCGAGAGCGCAAUCCACAUGCUGAAAUCAUACAUGCCACCAGCCAGCCCAAUGCAUGUUUUCGUCCGGCAAUACAUGAAACUGCAGUUUGAUCGAGAACGGGACGGAAGCUACGAGGAGAAGAGGACUAUGAUUGGCGGUGCUGUCAGACGUACUAACCUUGCUAUAGAGCGUCAUGCCAGCAAGGUUUAUACAAGGAGCAUGUUUGAGGAAUUUGGACGACUACUUAUCGAAGCAACAUCAUACAAUGUUACUAAGGUGGAAAAGAAGAGGAAGUACAUCACCACUCACAACAAUGCGGCGAAAAGAGAGAAGUGGAGCAGAGUUGAAUAUGAGGUUACCAUUAACGAGGACGAAUCAAAAUUCACCUGCGAGUGCGGCCAGUUUGAGCACACGGGGAUGCUGUGCAGCCAUGCAUUGCGGGUUAUGGAAAUUCUGCAUGUAGAAGAAAUCCCUAAAUGCCACGUCGUAAAACGGUGGACAAAGGACGCAAGAGACAUACUACCAGGUCACCUAGUCCAGUACCAGAGAGACAAUUCACAGAACAUGUCAUUCACUUGUAGGCAUGCGACACUAUACUUCAAAGCCAUGGAAGUCGUGCGGAUGGGUGACGCAAGUGCAGCGUGCUACGAGCAUGUCAAUGCUGCACUUGAUUCGGUGAUUCAGAGUGCAACGCCUUUGCCAGAGAAACGUGAUGGACUGGCUUUUGAGGAUCGCGUGAUUCCAACGACUGAUGUCAGGAUAUCUGCCAACAGCGAGCAAGAAAAUGCUGAACGAGAGGCCGACCAUUGCGCAAGUGCCGGAAAUUCAUUCAGCACGAAUGCCAUGCAGUGCCUCACAGCUCCAGAGAAGCGUCAAGGUCCUGGCAGGCCUACGAACAACAGGGAGAAGGUGCCGUAUGAAGGACUGAGUAAGAGAACAAGGUUCUGCAGCAUAUGUCGGUGCGAAGGGCACAAGAAAACGACAUGCCCAGAGAGAGGGGAUAUGCCGAAAAAGCCACGGAAGCCUGGUAAAUGCAAAAACUGCGGAAUAGAAGGGCACCAACGAACGACGUGCACGAGACCACUAGGGUUUGCAAAGAAUUGAUAUAGGUUUCUACGCUUAUGUGUUUUUCGAGAUGGUUUGUAAACUAUGGUAGAGUGGGACGCACACGAUCAGUGCUGAACCCUUGUAUACCGCUCUGCUGAGGUUUUCUGUGCUUAUCGUCCGGGAAACUUGUUUACUAAUGUGCUGAAGUUAGAAAACUGAAAUUGCUACUGGCUGUAACAUUAAUAAUAAGUUGCUUAGUUGGUCGUCUGUGUCAUACGGAUA